AGAGGCAGCGGCAGUAGCAGCAUGUCUCGGAGGAAGAUUUCUUCCGAGUCCUUCAGCUCCUUGGGAUCGGACUAUCUAGAGACCAGCCCAGAGGAGGAGAGCGAAUGUCCCCUGUCUAAGCUCUGCUGGAACGGCAGCCGGAGCCCUCCCGGCCCUCAGGAGCCCGAUGCAGUUGCUACCGCCACGGCUGCCACGGGCACUGCCACCGCUACGGCCACUGCCACAGCGACCGCAGGGGCUAGGCGUGCACAGCGCCGGAGACGGGUCAACCUGGAUUCUCUGGGCGAAAGCAUCAGCCGCCUGACGGCGCCCACGCCUCAAAUUAUACAGCAGACUCUCAAGAGGACACUUCAGUAUUAUGAGCAUCAAGUUAUUGGUUACAGGGAUGCAGAAAAGAAUUUCUACAAUCUCUCUAACAGAUGCUCCUAUGCAGACCAUUCCAGCAAAGAGGAAAUUGAAGAUGUCUCAGGAAUUCUUCAGUGUACUGCUAACAUGCUUGGUUUGAAGCUUGAAGAAAUGCAAGAAAGGUUUGGGGAGGAAUUCUUUAAUAUCUGCUUUGAUGAGAAUGAGAGAGUCCUUCGGGCCGUAGGCAGCACUUUGCAAGACUUCUUUAAUGGCUUUGAUGCUUUGCUGGAACAUAUUAGAACUUCAUUUGGACGUCAAGCCACUCUGGAAUCUCCGUCUUUCCUAUGCAAAGAGCUUCCAGAAGGUUCUCUCAUGCUCCACUACUUUCAUCCUCACCAUAUUGUGGGAUUUGCAAUGCCUGGAAUGAUAAAGGCUGCAGGAAAGAUCUACCGUCUGGAUUUGGAGGUGGAACAAGUGACCAAUGAGAAGCUGUGCUUAGAGGGCUCAAACCCAGGGAAUUGCAGCUGCCUCACAUUUGUCAUUAAGGAAUGUGAAAAUUCAAACAUCACGAAAAACCUUCCACCAGGAACAUCCCAAACUCCUGCCGACCUCCGAAUCAGCAUCAACACGUUCUGUAGAGCUUUCCCCUUCCACCUGAUGUUUGACGCCAGCAUGCUGGUUCUGCAACUGGGGGAAGGGCUUAGGAAACAGCUCCGAUGUGACACUCACAAGAGUCUGAAGUUUGAGGACUGCUUUGACAUAGUUUCCCCAAAGAUCAAUGCCACUUUCGAAAGGGUCCUGCUGAGGCUGUCCACUCCAUUUCUGAUUCGGACCAAACCAGAGGCUUCUGGUUCUGAAAAUAAAGACAAGGUGAUGGAAGUCAAAGGACAGAUGAUCCACAUUCCAGAGUCAAAUUCUAUUUUGUUUUUGGGAUCUCCGUGUGUAGACAAGUUGGAUGAACUCAUGGGCCGUGGCCUGCAUCUCUCAGAUAUUCCCAUCCAUGAUGCAACUCGUGAUGUGAUAUUGGUUGGGGAGCAGGCCAAAGCCCAGGAUGGACUAAAGAAGCGGAUGGAUAAACUAAAGGCAACAUUAGAAAGAACUCACCAGGCUCUAGAAGAAGAGAAAAAGAAAACAGUGGACCUUCUGUUUUCCAUUUUCCCUGGAGAUGUAGCCCGGCAGUUAUGGCAAGGACAACAAGUACAAGCCAGAAAGUUUGAUGAUGUCACCAUGCUCUUCUCUGACAUAGUGGGUUUCACAGCUAUCUGUGCUCAGUGUACCCCGAUGCAAGUAAUUAGCAUGUUGAAUGAGUUAUAUACCAGAUUUGAUCACCAAUGUGGAUUUCUGGACAUUUACAAGGUGGAAACAAUAGGCGAUGCAUACUGUGUUGCAGCAGGACUGCACAGAAAGAGCCUUUGCCAUGCGAAGCCCAUUGCCUUGAUGGCCUUGAAGAUGAUGGAACUUUCAGAGGAGGUUCUGACACCUGAUGGGAGACCAAUUCAGAUGAGGAUAGGGAUUCACUCAGGGUCUGUCCUGGCUGGAGUUGUUGGUGUAAGAAUGCCAAGGUAUUGCCUCUUUGGAAACAAUGUCACCCUUGCCAGCAAGUUUGAAUCAGGCAGCCAUCCACGACGCAUCAAUGUCAGCCCGACGACUUACCAGUUAUUGAAGAGAGAAGAUAGUUUUACCUUCAUUCCUCGGUCUCGUGAAGAGCUUCCAGACAACUUUCCAAAGGAAAUCCCUGGGAUCUGUUAUUUCCUGGAGCUCACAACUGGUCCCAAGCAGCCAAAGCCCUCAAUCUCUUCAACUCGAAUGAAGAAGGUUUCCUACAACAUUGGCACCAUGUUCCUUCGGGAGACAAGCCUAUGAGACCUGCUGCAGAUCAAAGACUCAUCACAAAAGCACAAGCCCAGAACCUGGGUCCGGACAGAAAAGUGAAGAGAGACUCUUUCUCCUUCACUGCAUCAUCCUGGGCAAGCAGUACAAUCUCUUUGUAAUGUCAUGCAAUAAUACUAGAAUAAGGUGGGUGAUGGCUGUCAGUAAACAACCUAGAGGGAAAGAUAAUUAAGGGAACCAAAUGCAUCCAUCCCUAAAAGAGGUAUUAUUGGCCACUUUUAAAAAGUAAAUUAUUAUCAUGGUCCCUUUAUCACACAAAACCUAAAAAUAAACUUGGGUUUUCCAUUUGAUAUCCAUGAAGUGACAUGACCUUAAGAAUUUUACCUACUGAAAAGCAAAGGAGAGCCAGUGUGGAGUCUGCAUUCUGAGAUUCAAAGUGUUAUUCAGUAAAGGAAAUUUUACAAUUUUUUGGAAGAGACAUUUCGUAAAAAUACCAUAGGGGUUUGGUCGACUUCCCAGGCAGAGAAAUUGUACCUGAGUUAAAUAUUUUAGGGAUAUUACCUAUUUUUAUACAUCUUUCUCUUUCUGGAUAAUAGCAUUUCACAUAACAGUUGAACCAGCUUUUCAGAGUAUCCUAUUGUAUAUUUGGUGUAUUAUGUAACUUUAACCUAAUAAUCUAAUGUGGUUACACUUAUUUAGAAGGAUUGGUAUCGGAUAGAGAUUACUUCAGUGGGGAUUUCAUAUGUGCAGAAAACCCUAUCCGUCUGCCUAGUGGAUAUGUCUUUCAAAUGCAAUUAUUGUAAUAUGGAAUUUAAAAAAGUAAAAUUACUAGAAGCAGAUUAAACAAUAAAUAAGUAAAGAGAAAAUUUUCCCCUUCUCAUUGAAAAUUUGCAGUAAUUUGCAAAAGAAAAUUACUUUGGUCCCUCUAAUGAUUUUCAUAUGGGCAUUUUAAAAUGUAGGUAGUUAUUGGACUUGCAAAAUUAUGCCCUAGAAUAUAAUACCUAUUAAGUACCUACUGUGCACAGAGCGCUGCAGACACAUAAUGCACUAAAUGCCAUUAUCUCUGUAUUUCCCUCCUUCCUGAGUCAAUGUGAAUGAUGAUAGAUUGUUGCCUCAUAAGAAUGGAACAGGGUUACUUACUGCUCUUGUAAGCUACUUCCAGUGAAUGUGGGCAGUAGUGAGAAGUUCAAAAUUUUGCCAAGACUAACAAUAUUUAAUUGGUUUAUUUUCUAGCAUAACAUAAAAUAGACAAAAAUUCUUAUUGUAUGGUUUGGAGAAAUAAAAAAAAAGUUCACCUGCAGUUUGAUUGAUGCUAUUUUUAACAAUAGGUGACUCCCUAUCAUGGAGGUUUGAAUAGGUAUGCUAUAUUCAGACCUGGUGAAUACCCCUGCCCACAAUCACUGUAGUAGCCUGCAGGCUUUUAUUGCAUGAUUCCCUAAAAUUGAACCCUCUUCCCCCUGACCAAUACUGCAUGAAAAAUGUAAUCUACAUCAUUACUGACCUACCCUGAAGUCAGGGGCACUGUGUGUUGCAAGAAUAGUCAGAGUUCGGAAUCAAGAUAAAUACAAAAUGCCUAUUCUAAUUAAUAAUCUGGAAUCAUUUGUUCUGUAGCUCUAAUGUGAUGUGUGGCUAUUUCCUUACUCCAUGGUUACUCAUUGCUCUCCCUCCCCUGGCAGUGAUUAGUAGUGAAGGUAUAUUGCAUUCUAUGGUGGGGUUUUUUUUUCUUUUCUCUAGAUCAGAGAUUUGAGUUACAGUGUGAUUUGGUCACUGUUUUAGCACAGCUAAGGGUUAGAGAUUUACAACUGUCUUUCUACAAACAUAAUUUCCUAAUUAUAAGGCUUAAUAAAUGCUCUAAAAGUUGUCUGAACUAUGUGGAUGGGAACCCAUUUAGAUAUACAAAGUAUGUCUUGUAAUCAUUAUUGUUAAUAUAAUUGUUGGGCUCUAAUCUCACCCUCAAGUAAGGCACUGGCAAAGCACUCUUUUAGAUGGAGAGGAAAGACUAUAUUUCCUGCCCCUCUCUGUGUUCUCCACUUCCUCUAGGACAAUGGCUUUGCCUUCCACCAUCUAAAGGAGAGAAUUCCAAGGCCAUCAUGUCAGGGCUCUUCCCUACUUGAUUCCUAGGGUGCUGCAGACCUAUUCUGGGCCUUGUUGGCCUAGGUAGACAUAGAGCUCAGCAGCCCCCUUCCCAAGGCAGGAGAUAGCUUGGCUACCUGAUAGCAUAUGGGCACUUAAAGAUGGGACAUGGCUCAUUAUAGGAUCAUGCUAGUUCUUAUAUUCAUGUACGGAAACUAGAUUUUGCUGAAUGACUUCUCAUGUAUUGGUGAACAUUUUCAUUUACGAAUAAGGAUGAAUAUAUAAUCAUAUAUGUAUAUGCAUACAUAUAUUCAUCACAUAAAUUCAUAUGAAUUAUAUAUAUGUUUAUAUAUUUUCAUAAGUGUAUAACCAUAUGGCUGCAAAAAGCUUCCAGCAUCCAUUCAGUCCAUUCCUUUGUCUUUUGUGGUAGAUUUUCCCUAAACAUCCAAAUAGAGAAAUGGCCAUAAUAAGUUUAAGGAGCAAUAGGAAAGAAGAUUCCAAACUCUCCUGGAUAAUAACCAUUAUCUAAUAAGGAGAAUCAGAUCAAGUGAGAAAAGAGUCGUGUACAAUGCAAACUCUCAUUUUAUCAGAAUCAACUGAUUUCAACAUUGGUUUAUGCAAUUCACUUACAGAAAAAAUGGAAAUCUAUAUUACUAUAUUCAUUUAUAUUUCUGUCACAGAUGUCAAAUUAAAGAAUUUAGCAUAAAUCCAGUUAUAUGUGUGUAUACAUAUAGCUAUGUCACACUCAGGAGAUGAACUUAUAUUUUUUUUUCAUGCAGUAAGAUCUAAUCUUGUUCUAUGGAGCUCUGUUUUGAAGUAGUGAUUCUCUUUGUAUCCUUGUUGCCUUUGUCUUGUUAUUGAUUAUUUGAGUUCCUGUGUUUCUAUCUGUCUUUGCAAGGUGCUGUAAGUAAUACCUAUGAAUUCCAUUCAUAGCCAUGGAAUUAAGAUACUGUGAAAAGCAGUAUAUUUCCAUUUUAGAGCAAUUAAGCUUAAAGUUUCCACAUUUUUCUAAUUAGGAAUACGAAUUGAAAAAGCUGGGUAAGCAUUUUGAUGACUAACUCUUUGCUUCUCUACAUCAAGAAUUUGCUCAACUGAUGUCUGCACUGACAUUUCACGUUUGAAAAAAGAUUUUUCACCCAGUAUACCAGCAUCAGAGGACAGCAGACUGAAAUGACACUGACUGCCCCUCAUAGAAAUCUGGUGGUACUAUAGUGCAGAAUAAUUUUAAAAUCACUUGUUAUAUAUUAAGCUUUAUUUGUAAAAAAAAAUUAUGCUUUCAGAAGACAGUCAGUAUCUAUAGUGUGGCUUUCCUAAUGUACUCACAAGGAGAUAAUUUAGAGUGACUUGAUAAUCAUAGCCCUCAGUGCAAGAAAUUGAUGUCAAUAUCACCAUGGAGAUAAUACCAAUGUUGGGAAAUAUACUCAAAUGGAGAUACAACAAUUAUUUAGCAAAAUCAUAAGCCACCAAAAUGUGUAAAGAACAUACAGAGCAUGCUCAGUAUAAAACUGAAUAGCCUUAAUCAAAAUCAUUGGUAGUGAUUCAAAAUAUGAGGUUCUGUGCUUUUGUCCAUGGAAACUAGAUAAUUAAAGAUGGUUCCCUUAGAAACAAAUUUACCUAGGUCAGUUGUGGGUGAAGAUGUUGGGAGAAACAAAACUUGUGGUAGAUUUUCCAGUAUUGUCACUCACCUCUUGUACUUAAAUCCUAUUUGUUACAAAUCAGUUAUACCUGAAAUUUUACAUUGUUUUCACUAUAUGUGGGACUCUGUGAUCUGUGAGCUAGCUUUGAUUUGGAGAGUAAAUCUAGUACCAGGCACUUAAUGGAGAGCCUGGAAACUCAUUAUUUUAAAUAUAUGAGGCUCAUGGCUUGACCAGCAAUAAGGUAUCUGAAAUUCAAUGGUUUUUUAGGGGGACAUGUUGGCAUCUAGUAAACAAUGCCUUCUUGAAUGAAGCCACAAUUUUUAUUUUAAAAUUGAUCAUAAGAAUAUCUAGUACCACAUCUUUAUAGAUUGCACAUGGUAAUUUAUGCUAAAUUGUGAAAUACAAAGAGGCAACUCAAGUUCAUUAGUAUUAUAAUGGAAAAAAAAUCUAUUCACUGUCAUCUAGCUGCCUAAUACUAUUUAGGGCAGGUGCUGUGGGUAUUUAGGGUACCAAUUAGAAAUAUUCCAGAUUUGUGCCAGAGGGCGCAAUACCAGCCUGCCUUGGUGUGCACUUUUGACCAGAAUUUAGCCUCUCCUUUAUACUUUAUUCCUCCACUUUCACCCCAUGUUAAUAUCACAUAUUUCCAUCAUUAUUUCUCAUUUUCCAUGUCUCCCCCCUGGUAAACAGGGCCUAGAUUGAGACUUACUAAAAAUAUGAAGCUUCACUGUCCAUCAUUGUUGCAUUACUGGCAUAUAGCGUAUCUGUCUCAUUCUAUAUUUUUAGGCCUGUAAUGCCACAUUAAAACAGUUCAGAGGAUAGAGAAGAAAACAUUUAUCAUGGUGUCACUCUAUAAUUAUUAAUUAUAUUAACAUAUUUCUUAAGUAUUCCAUUGUCAUGUAUAUCAUGUAUGUAUUCAUACGUAAUGCACAUAUAUACAUAUAUGUCUUCAGUUUUCACUUCAUUAACUCCUUCCUUGGAGUUAAUUUCAUAUUUCCUUGGAAUUCAUUUCAUAUUACUUCAUUGAAUUUUCCCUUAGAGUUACUCUUGAUUCAGAACAGGUUCAGAAGUACCAACGAUGUAGCUUUGGAUUUCAACAACAAAUCCAAAUCACAAAUGCAGACGGUAGACUGCUACUUGUAUAUUUACAUCAGCAGACUAUUAAAAAUGUGCAUCUAGUGCCCACUGGGUACUUAGUAUUGCCUAGGACAAAUAUUUUAAGUUUUUAGAGCUGGGAUCAGAAACUAUAAAAUUCUAAUUUGCUCCUGAAUGUGUUGUGCUACUGAUGAAAUAACCAUUCAUGUGACAUACUGAACACCCACUUGGGAACAUGUACUGCACAGUAUAUUAAAGACCAUUUGAUUUGGAUUACUGUAAAAUAUAUACAUUAGAAUGGCAUUGUGUUAUCAGAUAUUAAAAUUAUUUUCUGACACAAAGAAGCAACUUCAUGUGGCAUGGAACAUGUUAACCUCUAUUGUCCACUUUAAAGAAUAACUACAUCCAUAUGAAUAUACUAUUGUUUAGUAAGUAAAAUGUAUGUGGGUAGCUUUAAGAUGUGUUUUUGCAGCUUUAUUUAAAAAAAACUGCAACAUCAUAUGUAACACUAAUAUAAACUUGGAUAUGUAUCAUGGGCACAGAGUUAUUUUAUUUUACUAGAUAUAAUUAACUAUUGGUAGUAUUCUAAUCCAAGAUGUAGCAGAAUUGUAGCCAAAACUACCUUGUCAUAAUGUUUUUAUAUGAACCUAUUAUGUCCUAGGUCUCACUUUAAAAAAUUUAAGAAUUUUUUUUAAAGAUAAAUGGAUGGUAGUUUACUGACACUCCAUUUGGCUUGGAAGGGUAAAGGAGGUAUAAGAAGAUUGAUAUGACCAUUCUGUUAGAUUUAGUUUAUAUCUACCUUAAACUUUUGGUAAACAGAAAGUAGUCUUGUACACAGCAAUCUAUGCAAAAUGGAAGGUGUCAGUCAAGUGCCUCAUGAGAACUCACAUCCAUAUAAGAUGAAUCAUCUGGUUGACAGUCAGGAAGAACACUCAUGGAUUAGCUAUGAAAUUUUGAAAACUGAGGGAAUUACUAGGGAUGAAGUAAACACUGACGAUGAAUAAGAAAUGUAUCAUUCCAACUGGAGUUAUUUCCCGAAAGUAUUUCACUUCAAGCUUCAGGGAUCCUCAUAUAAUGGCUUCCAUGAGAAUUAAAAUCACUUCAAUUUAAAAUUCAGGGAUUGUACUUUCUAAGCAUGAUUCUUCAUGCUUAAUAAGAGUUUUCACUGACACACAAGAGAAGACUAUUGCUCGCUAAUAUCAGUUAUUAGGUUUAAUAAGUAAAGGAUUAUAUAUUUAGUUAAUGCUAAAUGCAUGUAGUAUAGAACAAGUUUUACUGAACCACAGCAAAGAGGGAAAGACCUUUGAACUUAUGGAUAUUGUUGAAUUUGCAGUGAGAAGUUUCAUAAGGAAUGCUUUGACACUAAUGAAUGGAAAGUCACCAAGUUAGCAAUGGUUGUCACUAUGUGUUUUUAAUAUUAAAUUGUACAUAUGUCUAAAAUUUAUUCCCAAGCAAUACCUUCUCAUGCUAACUCUUAAAGCAAUAACUUAAGCCAUGGUGAUGAUAAUAAAUGCAACAUACUUCUGUGUGAGGUAAUCACUAAAAUUCUGGGAAAAUGCCGAACCUACGUACAAAAGCAAUAACAAAGCAUGAUGUGGGUUAUUUAAAGAUCUCUCUUCCACAGUCUCCAGGGUGCCAUAAUAACUGAGGUGCAGAGCACAGCAGAUGAGUUGUUUAAUCUAUCUCAGAUGUCAUGGAUUGGUGCAGAGCACAGCAGAUGAGUUGUUUAAUCUAUCUCAGAUGUCAUGGAUUUGCCAAUCUGCUACUAAGUAAUUAUUGUCCCUUGCAUAAUUAUUCCUGGGAUCUAAAUAACAAACGUAUGGAGAAUCUCUCUCAUACCAUGAUUUCUGUCUGAUUUUUUUCUGUGAAGUUUUAGAGCCAUGUUGAAGAUGAAUAGCAGAAUAGGAACAGUUGUACAAUGGAUACUCUGAUGAGACAGUAGAUUUUGUAGGAACAAGGAGGAGUCCUUGUAGUGACAGCUAACUAAAAUGUUAGUCCAUGAUGAACAAGCUCUUGGGAGAGGAAAGGCUGAAUGGGAAAGGAUCAUUGAAAACAAACAAACAAACAAACAACAAACUUGUUUUAUCAGCAAAGAGAAUCCUCUUAGGGGAAGCUGAUCUGUAGCUCCUUUAUAGCUUAAAGUGUUGGAGAGUUGCCUGGGGCACUGAGAGGUUUUCACUAGCUUAAGGUCACACAGCCUGUGUGUUGCAGAGACCAGACUUCAACUCAGGUUUUCCUGACUUCAAGGCCAAUUCCCCAUCUGUGUCACUGCUGUGAAUCUUUAAGGGGUCAUGUUAUUAUUGCUAUCAAUUAGAGAUUGAGAAGUAUCUACGUAGGGGUGAUCAUUGUCCUUAGAAGGUAAAUUUUUGAAAGUCUUGCUGGAUGAUCAACUAACAGAUAAAAACUUAUAUACAGAAAUAGUUACCUAUCUAAGCAGUUAUGAAGAAGAGCGAGGAAGUAGGGACAUCUCAAGUGACUACUCUGGUAUUUUGAAUGUUGUUACUUAAUAUUUAUUUUUAAUGCAGUCAGGGUAGUGUGCCAAAGAUAACUAGAGCUAUGAAAGAUCAUGAUCCUUGCAUAAUUUAGAACCCAAGGUUAGAAGGUGACUUGGGUAUCUAAGCUGUCUUUUAGGGGAAAAAAAAGUAGAAAUUUGUCUUCAUUAUACAUGACUCUGGGCAGGAGGGAAAGAACGGAGGCUUGAGCCUUUUUAAAAAACUAAAUAUGAAAUUUGUUUGGCCCAAUUAGAUAGUAUCUCCUCCACCCUAUCAUUUACCUGGGAAAAGAAGAGAAUAUGAACCAGUGCAAGUCCUUGUACUGUCAAGAAAUAGGGCAUAAGAAUUGUAAUCUGUCACCAUUCCUAGGAAAAUAACCAGCCUAACAUCCUCUUGCCUGGGAAGGAAAAACUCAUCACCCAACAAAUGAAAUUGGAUUCUUGUUUCACUCAAGAAAUUCUGCAAGAUCCUCUGCCCCCCCACACCUUUUAAAUAAAAAGUCAUUGUAUGCUUAUCGACUACUAUAUAUGUUGUCAGUAUUUAAUAGAUAAUAAAGACACCAAAUUAAUGUCCCUUCAAUGACAUCAGUUUUGCCUUUCUCAGAUAACCUAGUUACUUGUAUAUCAGAUACUAAUUUUCAGUAUUUGCUUAAGUCAUUGUGACUAAUUAACUGACAACCUAAAAGGAAGAAAAGUUAAUUGUGAAGCAAUUUAGGAUUGUAAAGCAAUUUGAUUUUGCUGGGGGGGGGAGAGGAGGAAUUUGUGUUGAUUCGAUGAUAUGAUAGAUAGUACAAGAGAGACUGAAAGUGAUUCUACCUUAGGGUAAUGUCAGCUAUGAGACGAGCUGCUUCCUGGUACCUCUGCUUUUCCUGAUGACAUUCCUCUUGUGUUAUUAUCUAGCUACAAUUCCACACUCGAUAGAUGCAUGAAAUAGGGAAAGACAUUGGGAAGUGGAGGGCAGAAUGAUGCAGGCGACUAUGAAUAACAAUGACUAAGGAAGGCUAUUGCAUUUUUUCCUUCCUUUUAGAAGAUGUGGGGAGUAUUAGGAGAGAACUACCGGUUUAAUGAAACCCAAAUGGUUUUCCUAGCCUAUUGUUCUCUCCUGUUUCAAAGACACAAACUUCACAAGCCCCACAUCUUUCUCAGGAGGCAGUGCCAACCUCUUGGCAGCUGCACAUUUCAUCAGGACUGGGAUUAGUUGUUCAUGGAGCUCUAAAUAGAAACUCUGUGAAUGUGGCAGAUAAGGCUAGACUCAGUUACAGUGGUGAAAGUAAAUCAGUGUCAGAACAUCUGGAACGAUGGGACAAAGAAAGCUGAAUGCUGAACCUAGCCACACGCCUCAGGAGAAUGAAGUAAAAUUAGCACGGGCCAGUGGAGUACUGAAAGGAAAGUGAUCUUUAAAAACAGUCUUUCCCUAUCUUCACAUGCCUGAGCUUCUUAUUCAAGCAGCUUAAACAGUUUGUAUUUAUGUGGUACGGGAUUUUAAAAGGUUGAUCACUUGCAUUUAGAUUUUUCCAGAUACCUAAUUCUCAUUUCAAAGAAAUCCUGUAAGUAAAUGCUUCAGUAUAUUCAGUGUCCUUUUAGCCUGUUAAUAUUCUGGUCAACUAUAAAAGAUUCUAAUUUUCUUUUUCUUUCUAAUUUGCUUUUUGUUUUAACAAAUUCUAUGAAUUGACUUGGAAAAUUUAUGUCAAGUAUGAUGAAACAAUUUUUUAGCACAUUAAAUUUAUUUAUGUGUGA